CCUGGCAUUGUGUAUAGAGCGUUACUUUAUAACUUCGCUAUCGUUUUUUUAAUUAAAAUCUAGCUAGUUAAAUGAAAAAUAAAAUGAUUAUUUAAUUUUCAACUUUAUUUGUCAAUUAAGUUUUUAUAUCGAUAAAUUAUUUAUAUAAAAGGUGUUUUCAGCUUUACACUUAUUUUUACUGAACAUUGUACACUGACUUAUUCACUUUCUGCAAGUGAUCAAAGCUAAAAAGGUUUUUAUUUUAAUAUUAAAUAACUCUAUUAAACAAUUGCACCACAAUCUAUGAGUAAAACAGAAAGUUUGCACUUUUAAACAAUCUUUUUGCUUCCGAUUAGUCACUGCCAGCAACGUGUUGUGUACGAUUGAAUGAGGUUAGUUUAAACUUGUCAAUGUGAGAUACUAUUUAAUAUUUUAAGAUUUAUUUCUACGAAAUCUUAAUUAGGAGAUUUGUAAAAAUAAAAAGAAGAAAGUGUGAUAUUGUGAAUCGAAGGGAGUCAAUAUUUUAGACAGAAAGAUAAAAGCAGGAGACGAAAUAAAAGGUUAUGUCUCGUGUGAAUUUUUAAGUUGUGCCGGCCCAUAUCCGUUAUGGAUAUUAUGUAUCUAAGAUGUAACAAAAUUUAAUAUUUAUGUAUUGAAUUUUGAACAACUACAUACUCUUGGACGGCAAGAUGAAGUUAGUAAAACCGAAUUGGGUUACUCAUGAUGGAUAUCCAAUAUUCUCCAUUGAUAUACAUCCUGAUGGGAAAAGAUUUGCCACUGGUGGACAAGGCGGUGAUUCUGGAAGAGUUGUUAUAUGGAACAUGGAACCUGUGGUUGAUGAGACUGCUGAAUUAGAUACAAAUGUUCCAAAAAUGCUUUGCCAGCUCGACAAUCACCUUGCUUGUGUGAAUUGUGUAAGAUGGAGCAAUAGUGGAUUACUAGCAUCGGGUGGUGUAGAUAAGCUGAUUAUGAUUUGGAGAUUAUCUGGUGGAUCCGGUGGAAGUUCUAUUUUUGGUGGAAAAGCCAGUGUGGAGACUUGGAGGUGUAUAGCGACAUUGCGCUCUCAUGAAGCUGAUGUGUUAGAUCUAGCAUGGGCCCCACAUAGUCCAUGGUUGGCUUCAGCUUCAGUUGACAACAGCGUAAUUGUAUGGGAUGCAUCAAAAUUCCCUGCUGUAGUUGCUGUACUGAAAGGCCAUACUGGUUUUGUGAAAGGGAUCACUUGGGACCCAGUGGGUAAAUAUUUGGCAUCUCAAUCUGAUGACAAGACGUUGAGAGUAUGGCGUACUACGGAUUGGACAGAGGCAGCAUUAAUAUCCGAACCUUUCGACGAAUGUGGUGGAACAACUCAUGUUCUAAGACUUUCGUGGAGUCCGGAUGGACAGUAUCUGGUAUCUGCUCAUGCUAUGAACGGAGGAGGUCCUACAGCACAAAUAAUAGAAAGGGAUGGUUGGACGCAGGAUAAAGAUUUUGUUGGUCACAGAAAGGCAGUAACCUGUGUUAGAUUUAACGGCAAUAUUCUGCAGAAGAAGCAACCAGGUUCCUCAAAACCGCAACAGUACUGUUGCGUCGCGAUAGGAUCACGAGAUCGUUCCUUAUCCGUAUGGCUAACAUCAUUAAAAAGACCCCUGGUUGUAAUACACGAAUUAUUUACCCAUUCUGUAUUGGACGCUAGCUGGUCACCCUGCGGUCUUCGGCUUGCAGCUUGUUCGUGGGACGGCACGGCUGUGUUUAUUGAAUUCACUCAGCAAGAAUUGGGGCAAUCACUGGAUCCCGCUGAACAAAGUAGUCUUCAUGAACGAUUAUAUGGUAAACCGUUGGUUCAAGGAGGUUGCAUGGUGAUGGAGGCACCAGAACUUCUCAAUUUGAAACCACCAGCACCCUCGAAUCAGUCUCCUCAACUACCACCCACUCCAAGCGUUCCUCCACCUACUAACAUCACUGCAGUCACUCCAGUUAAAGGACCUAUCAAUAAGCAAAUUGAAACGAGAACUUCAGAUGGUAAAAGAAGAAUUACACCUAUGUUUAUUCCGCCGCCGGCAGAUACGGCGGAUACGACGAUUGGCGGCAGCUUAGGUACACCGACGUUCACGAGCAAGGUACAGACGAAAAGUUCGAUCGUGAUAGAGAAACGCAACGAUGUCGUGGCUCCAAAUGUCACUUCGUCAUCUGCAAAGCCAGCUACUGUUGAUACUUCGGGAUCCGCCCUUACGUUGAAACGUAGAGAGCAAACGACGCCGAAGACGCAUCAUUCUUCAUUGACCAAAAAGCCCAGAUUUAUGUUUGACAAAAGUGUUGGUCAAAUAUUAUUACCUGCGCUCAAGCCAUCCAGCUCAUUAUCUCAGCAGGCGGGUCAUUACGCCGUGACGGUCACCAACAGUCAGGGUUUGGCGCAUUUGCAGGUAUUCAGAGGUACGGACUCUGAACCGACCUGGGAUCUUUAUUUAGGAUACAGUGCCGUUGCGUUAGCAGCAUCACCGGCUGUAAUAGCCUUAGGUUUGGAAGACGGAAGCCUUCAUACGUUUCAUCCUGCCAAAGGCUGUCGUCCAGCACCACCGUUGGCGCCUCCAGCUCCAUUGGCCAAGGUUCACGCUGUCGGAAAUGCCGUAAUGGUGAUAUCAAGCUGCGGUGCGGUCCGCGUGUGGGAAAUAGGGAAUACAUGUAGAAUGAUUGUCUCGACUUCUGCUGCUCAUUUAGCGGCCCCUGGGACAUCCCUCUUGUCAUGUACGCUGUAUAACGGAAUGCCACAUCUGGCAUUUACUAAUGCGCGAGCAUAUAUGUACCACAAAGACAUGGGAACGUGGUUAUUAAUCGGAGAUAGCCAAGAUCCCGUAUGGCGUUGGUCAUCGUUCAAUGUGUUGAGUACAUCAGGAAAUAGAGCGCCUAGAGGUCCUUUAUCUUCGCUGCAGGAAGGCUUGCUCAAAACUGCCGGCAAUACUUUGCCAAAUCCACGGUUACCCCACAGUGCACCAAGCGUGGUAUCCUACUUGGAACAACAGUUGUUAGCUUCUAAAGCUCUCGGAAGUGCUCAAGAAUACGUUCAUUGGCUGAUGGCUUUGGUGUCAUUCUUAUUGACUCAAGAUGGUUUGGAGAGACGUCUAAGGUUAAUUUUGGACGAUCUGUUGGGCCCAAGUCAUACAUCAGCCUCAAAAAGUACAUGGGACCCAGCUGUUUUGGGAAUGAAGAAGCAUAAACUUUUGAGUGAUGUACUGGCCGUAGUCGGCGGUCAUCUUCGUUGGCAACGAUUGUAUCUCGAAUAUUCUGAACAAUUAACAACAAUGAAGAAUCAGAUUAAUUGAUUCAUCACAAUAUGAAUGACAUUGGUUCCAAGAUUCAUCCUUUCUUUCAUACAAUGUCGUGUAUAUUUUUCAACGUAUGAUGAAGGCAAGACUGUAUAGUUUUUUAUAACGUUCGCGGUAUAAUAAUUGACAUAAGUGUAUCAUAAGGAAAUAAAUCAUUCUUACACACAUUA